AGGGGAAGGUGGGAAGGCCAGAGAUUCAUUGGAAUCUCGUAAUUGUGGGUAUGUGCUAUGUUAUCUUUACAAUUUUAUACUUGUAAAAUCAAAUAAAAAUUAUUUCUGGGAAAAAGAGAGAGUCCAACAACAUCUAGAGGGCCACAGAUUCCCCCGCCUACUACAAAGCUUGCAUUUCAGUUUUAUUCUUUAUUGAAAAACAAAAAGGUACAAAAUUUCAAGUGCACAGAGUAAGAUAAGACACACAAAAAAGAACAAGAGACAGUACCCGUGUAGGAAAGAAAACAGAACAACAACAACAAAAGAUAUUGUGUACAUUACAAAAAGGGGGGAAAUAGUAGUUAAGCAGACCUUAACCUAAUAUGGUGUUUAAUAAUAAAGACAAAUAAAAAUACAAUUAAAAUAAUAGGUAAACCAGCUGCCCCAUGGAAAGUACAUGCUACACCGUGCUGUUCCUCUUUUCAAAUAUACAUAAGUAGCUCUAAGCUUCAAAGGGAGAUCAAAGGAACCUUGCAUGCAGCCUCCAUAUGGUGGUCUUAUUUAGCCUACUCUUGUGCAUGGAAGGGCCACAGCUCAGUGGGAGAGCGUCUGCCUUGCAUGCAGAAGAUCUCACGUCUAUGCCAGAAAUACUGACCUAGAUGGUGGAUACUCUGACUUUGUAUAGUUCUGACAACUUUCCUAUGUUCCUGUGUAGGCUCGACAUUAUGUGUGAAUUCAACAUGGUGUGUCAAAGCCGUUACUGACAAGGCUAGAGUUGCAGCCAUUGCUGUGUUCAUAAACAGAUUACCAACCCUGAACAAUCCAUUUCAGAAUUUACUCUGAGCUAUUAAAAUAAAACAAAACUGCUCAGUAGUUAAUGCAGAAGAUUUGUUGGCUUGGCCUCCAACGAAGCAACUUGCUUCAGCAAGUAUGUAAGACAGCCCCAAACUGGUGCCCUGCUGAUGCUUUGAAUUACAAUUCCUAAAAGAGAUGUCACCCGAAACUUCACAAGGGCAUCAGGUCUGGGAAGGCUGAUGUAGGAUUAAAUGAGCUUGUUUUCCAAUGAGACCAAGUAGGGGGGAAAGUCGUAAUACAGUGGUACCUCGAGUUACAAACGCUGCAGGUUACAAACACCGCUAACCUGGAAAAGUUACCUCAAGUUGAGAACUUUGCCCCAGGAUGAGAACGGAAAUCGUGUGUGUUAAGUUGUGGGUGAACAUAUCAGACGACACAGCGAUUCUUCAAACAGCUCUUGUUUAUUCACAGGCCAGGACAGAACUGAACUGAAGGGUUCAGUCAGCCUGCUUAUAUAGAGUUCCAGUACAACGUAACUGUAACAACUUUCUAAAACUAUCCAAUCACUGAAAGUCACUUUCGAUCCCUUAUUUGCAUAACUAUCUACAGUAUCCCCCUGCUGGCCCCAGGGUGAGAACUUCAGUACAGAACACCGUGCCGGUGGCACAUUGGCAACAAGAGGCCCCAUUAGCGAAAGCAUGCCUCUAGUUAAGAACAGUUUCAGGUUAAGAAUGGAUGUCCGGAACAAAUUAAGUUCGUAACUAGAAGUACCACUGUAUGACAUUAAGUGCAAUGCUCCAGGCUAUGCAUUUAGGUAACAGAGGGCAAAAACUGAAAAACAGGGGAAGGGAAAUGGAGAGAACUGUGCAGAACAUGUCACUUUGGGGAAAAUGACAUCUAUUCCUGAAUAUACUUGAAUAUUUUAUUAGUUACUCUGCUAUACAUAUAAAGAAGCUGUCCAAACACAUUUAGCCUCUGUGAACUUCAACUCUAUGGGAAGAGAAAGACUGGUGAGGAGGUAAUUAAUAGUUACCUUGUUAUUUCUUUAGUAGGUCACAGCAGACUCAGACAACGAAUCAUCCUCUCCUAAGCUAGCAGCUGCUCCAGGAGCAAUUAGAGGCUCUGUAUGCUUCAGCUUGAUAGGGCUUACCCCAGCACCACUCAUUUGAAGGGCUGUUGCUCAGUGGUAAAGCUUUGCAGGCAGAAGUGUCCCUGGUUCAGGAAAGAACCCUGCAUGAAACCCUGGAGGUUUGAUGCCAAUUAGUUGCAUCAGUGUUUUGAGGUAUUUGCAGUCUCAUUCACUUACUAAGUUUAUAUCUUGUGAUUGCAAGAAACCUCUGGGGUGCUUCACAAGAAAAUGCCAUUUAUUUAUUUAAAAUAUAAAGGUUUGGAUGUUCCCUGAUGUAAGCGUGAAUCUUUGCUGGUUCUUUUCAUCUCACACACACACACACACACACACACACAGUUCAGGACUAUAAUCUACAAGCCUUUUGACUCUACAGUGGUACCUCGGAAGUCGAACGGAAUCUGUUCUGGAAGUCCGAUCAACUUCCAAAACGUUCGGAAACCAAGGCACGGACUCCGAUUGGCUGCAAGAAGCUCCUGCAGCCAAUCGUAAGCUGCAUCGGACGUUCGGGUUUCAAACAGGAAUAUUCACUUCCGAGUCUGCAGCGUUCAGGAGCCAAAAUGUUCGAGUUGCAAGGCAGUCAACCAAGGUACGACUGUAUAGUGGUACCUCAGGUUAAGUACUUAAUUCGUUCCGGAGGUCCAUUCUUAACCUGAAACUGUUCUUAACCUAAAGCACCACUUUAGCUAAUGGGGCCUCCUGCUGCCGCCGUGCGAUUUCUGUUCUCAUCCUGAAGCAAAGUUCUUAACCCGAGGUACAAUUUUGGGUUAGCAGAGUCUGUAACCUGAAGCAUAUGUAACCUGAAGCGUAUGUAACCCGAGGUACCACUGUAUUUGUAACCUGAAAUGUAAAGAAAAGCUGACUAUUACUUAUUUGUACAUUUAUAAAUCACAGAAUUGCAGAGUUGGAAGGGGGUCCGAGGGUCUUCUAAUCCACUCCCCCCCCCCCCGGCAACGCAGGAAUCUCAACUGAAGCAUCCAUGAAUGAUGGCCAUUCAAUCUCUUCUUAAAUGUCUCCAAUGAAGGAUCGUCCAUCCCCUUCCAAGAAGUCCACUGUUGAACAGCUCUUCUGUAUUUAAUAAGAACCAACAAAUGAGCAAAUCUAGGCUCCUCUGAAGGCCGAUUCUAAGUGCAUUUAACCUCACAGAUUUUCAAAGGAAGAGCAGCAAACAGUGAAAUCUUAUACAUUACACAGAAGCAAACCACACUGAUUUCAAUGGGGCUUAAUCCCAAGUAAAUAUGUAUAGGAUUGCAGUCUGUGUGUGGAGAAUUUCCUAGGGCCAUCACAACUACAACGCAGCUUUAAAGUAACCCCAGCCCCACUUCUAUGCAGACCCCCAAAGAAAGCAUCCAAAUUCUGUAGUGGACAAAACAGCCCUGCUGGGUCAGGCCAAUGGGCCUUCAUGCAUUGUGGAGGGUUGGACUAAAUGGCCCUUGGGGUCCCUUCUGACUCUAUGAUCUAGUCAGCAACCUGUUCCCACAGCGGCUAUCUGCGGGGAAACCCGCAAACGGAAGAUGAUCACAAGAGCCAUUCUCCCCUCCUGUGGCUUCCAGAAACUGGUAUUCAGAUGCAUUACUGCCUCCAACUGUGGAGGCACAGCAUAGCUAUCAUGCCAGUAGCUGCUGAUAAUAUUUUCCUCCCUCACGAAUUUAUUUAAUUCUUUUUUAAAGCCAUAUAGGUUGGUGCUGGUCAUUACUGCAUCCUGUGGGAGUGAGUUCCACAGCUUAAUUUACGGGCUGUGUGGAUAACUUUCUUGUAUAUGUCCUGAGUUUUUCAACAUUCAGUUUCAUUGGAUACCCCCGAGUUCUAGUGUGCUGAGAGAAGGGGGGGGGUGUAAAAAACUAUUUUCAUGUUGCCUCUUACUCGCCUUUUUCCUAAACUAGAAAGGCAUCAGACGCUGCAACCUUUCCUCCUAGUGGAGUCGCUUCAUCCCUUUCCUCAUUUUGAAUGCCCCUUUCCGAUCCUUUUUCAGCUCUGCGAUAUCCUUUUUGACGUGAGGCGAAAGAAAACCGACCGAUGUGUUUGUUAAGUGUUUCUUUCUGCUCAUCAACGACAAUUAAGAAAACGCACAACUAUAACAACUAAAUUUUCAGUACUAUGCUGAAUUACAGCAGCAGAUGAACACCCCCCCCCACACGUUCCUUUGAGGGAGGUCCCUAUGCAGCACCGCCUCCCCGCCUGGCUGGUUUGCAUUUCUAUAUUUAAAAAUAAAUCCUGUCCCCCGCAAGGCGCAUUUUCCACCCCAUGCCGGCAGGCGAAACUCGCCAAGCGGCCCAAAAAGGAAUCCAAAGCAGAAGCUGUUCUAUAUUUCAAUAUCUAUGGCCACAGAUGCGCAGCCGCCAUUGGGCCUCGUUCGGGUUUCCUUAAGAGAACGGAGCUGCGGCGCUCUACCCCUCGGCACCUCUAUGGCUCCCCGCCCUCAUUUCCUAUGUAAGCUUUGCGAAAGCACGCCGCGUUUUAAUUUAUUACUUAACAAAUGCACACGUUUACUCUCGAGAGGGGCCCCCUCGGUGCCAUCUCUCUUCGUCCGGUGUCUCUCUUUUUAGAUGUCAAGGCCUGAGAAACGACUUUCCGCGGGAGACCGGAAGCCUGCGCGUGCCGCUCUACCCUUCCCCAGCGCCCCAACUCCACGGGCGGUCCUCCCGGGGCGGGCGCAGGGCACUCUGGGAAUGUAAGGUGUCUCCCGGCGGGAAAGGCUGACGCGCGUUCCCUUUCCCGUGAUGCCUUUCGCGCGGCUGAGGAGAAGAAGUGCUGGCGGCGGCUGCUGACGAAGGCGCCGGCUCCCUCAUGGCGGAGAAGGCCGAGGCGGAGGCGAGGAGCGCCUCGCUGGUGGAAGCCGUGCUGGCCUGCUCGGGCCGCCUGGAGAAGGAGGGUCUCAGCGGCCGCAUCUCCCGCCUCUCUUGCCGGGUGGAGGAGCUCAAGGUGCGAGGAAGGGGAGGGGGGAAAGGGGAGAGAGGUGGGCGGGGCCUCCGAGAGGAGGGACCUGUCACCCAGUGGGCGGGCCUUGGCCGCAGAGGGGCGGGGCUUACAUGGGCGCCGCCCCUUUCGAAGCCUUCCUUUUACCCCCUGAAACCCUUUAAUGGAGUGAUCUAAGCGAGAGUGUUUCUGAGCCCGUGCGGAAUUAUGUGUUCUUCUAUUUAUUCAUCACCAUGUGUUGGCUAUUUGCAGAUUAGUUGCGCUGCAGAAAGCGUGCUGGGGAGACCACACAUUACAAGGAAUGCAAAAUAGCUUUAAGGUAAAGGGACCCCUGACCAUUAGGUCCAGUUGUGACCGACUCCGGGGUUGCGGCGCUCAUCUUGCUUUAUUGGCUGAGGGAGCCGGCGUUUGUCCGUGGACAGCUUCCAGGUCAUGUGGACAGCAUGACCAAGCUGCUUCUGGCGAACCAGAGCAGCGCACGGAAACACCGUUUACCUUCCCACUGGAGCGGUACCUAUUUAUCUACUUGCACUUGAUGUGCUUUUGAACUGCUAGGUUGGCAGGAGCUGGGACUGAGCAACGGGAGCUCACCCCUUCGCGGGGAUUUGAACCGCCGGCCUUCUGAUCGGCAAGUCCUAGGCUCUGUGGUUUAACCCACAGCGCCACCCUUGCAAAAUAACUUUAGCUAGGUUUUAAUAACAAUAACUCCUUUUACACUAAAUAUAUCAACAAGCUUGACCCAACCACCAACCCAUCCCCCAGGGUACUGAGAGAGUUAGGUGCUGCUCUUUAUAUACUAUACCCAAUUGCUGACACAGCUUAAUUAACACAACUUAGCAGCACCUGCUAUACUGUUUCACAGCUGUAAAACUAGGUCAUGUUAUUUGCUCUGGCCCUUAAAGACAUACACAUCUUGUGGAACAAUAAUGAACCUUUACAUUUAAAGAGACCAUUCAACAUGUUUCACCUUUCUUCCAAGGAGCUCAAGGUGGCUUUUGCAAUUCUCCCCAUUUUACCCCCACAACAACCUUGAGAAGUAGGCUAGGCUGGGAGAGACAGUGACUGGCUCAAGGGCCAUGUGCUGAGCUUUAUGGCCGGGUAGAGGUUUGUAUCCUGAUCUGCUAGGCCAGUAAAAUUUUCCAAACUUAAGGCUCCAGCUGUUCUGGGACCACAAUUGCCACCAUCCCUGACUUCUGGUCUUGCUAGCUAGUGGUGGUGGGAGCUGUGGUCCGAAAAAACAGCUGGAGGCCCAAGUUUGAGAAACACUGUGCUAGGCCCUAGUGCAACACUAACCACUAUUCUAUGCUGUGAUGAGCUGGCAGGUUAAUUUUUUCACCCGGUAGGUAGUUUUUUCAGAGUUCGACACUGGUGUGUGUAAUGCUUUUUGUUUAAUUUCUCCCCAUUUUACCCCCACAACAACCUUGCUGUAGAAUAGCAAUGUAAGAUGUUUCCUUAUGCUGCGUCACACCUUUGGUCCUUCCAGCUCAGUAUUGUCUACAUACAAACUGGCAGCAGCUUCUCCAGGGGACAGCUACAGGUCCACCUGGAGAUGCCAUUGGAAAUUGAACCUGAGACCUUCGGCAUCCAAAGUUGAUGCUCUGCCACUGAGCUCGGCCCUUUCCCAUAGAGUUGGUCGUCUAGUCCUCCCAUGUUCUUCAACCAGAUGUUGUUGGAGUGCCACUCUUAGGAUCUCUUAACUGUUGGUUGAGCUGGCAGGGGUAAUGGGAGUAUUCUAGCAACAUAUGGCAUCCCAGGGUUAAAUAAUAACAAAUCCACUGCUUACUGCAACUACUGACAGUUGGACCAAAGAGAAGUUCUCUCUGGAUCAAUAUGACUACUGUGCCCUUGGGGGUUAUUUGCCUUCCGCUGCAGCAUACAACAUGUGUUGCUUACUUGAGGCCUCUAAAGAUAAUUUGCUGUGCAGGGACCUUGUUUGUUACACCUUUUAUCUACUUGUGUUAAAUUGGAUUGCUUGCAAUCUCUGAGGGACUGGCAAAUGGAGAAUCAUGCUUUUGGUCAACUGAUUGGGUUCCAUGAGUUAUUGCACUUCUGUGAUUUUAUGUAAGUUUGAAGUGACUUUUCCCUCCACUCUUCCAGGAUGAAGUCUGCAGCAUGGUUAACAAGAGGUACAUAGAGUUUCUGCCCAGUAUGCAGAGUGCCAAGGAUUUGGAGUCCCAAGUGGAGGAACUUUCUGGCAGCAUUGACCAGCUGAAGUCCAGGAUUGAGAUGGAGGUGAUGCAAAGAAAAAUAAUGGGCCUUUACCAGAACUGAGUCUUCAGCUAGUUAGAAGGACUAAGAAGUUUGAUGUUGCCAAUCCAAAUGUCUGACAAAAAAGCUCCAUAAAAUUAUAUGAUCAUAAAAUAACUGCAAAUUGGAAAGUAACUUUUUUGUGUGACCUUGCUGCCUGAACAUCACAGCACAGGGUUUUCCCCCUCAAAUAAUACUGUAUCUAGACCUAACUAGAUGCUAAGAAGCUUCCAUGGGCCUAAGGAGUAUGCUUUCUGUGCCUAGCCCUACAAAAAGGAGGUACAACAUGUAAUAAAAAACAGCUAAAUAAUGUUUGCAACCCAGACUUGUACAAAUGCUUUGGUUUUGUGGCUCCUUCUCAGGUUCAGCAUGACCUGAACGUGGCCAUUGCAGAAUUUUCUGAGCUGAAACAGCAACUGGAGAGAGACACAUUAGUUCUGACUGGGCUGAAGCAGCUGCAGGAGGUGAGAGGGGGCCUCUCUUCCCCAGUUGCAAUGCCAAUCUAUUCAUUUGUUUUUUCAGACCUCAUUCUGAAUAUAGUCAACAGUAAUUUUUCCUUCUUUUUAUUUUAAAGUUCGAAACUGCUCUCAAACAGUUCAAUGCCUUGCUGCCACAAAAGAAGUAUGUGUCAGCAGCCUGCCACCUGAACAAGGUAAUUCCAGUUGCUUUGGGGACUGGUGGUCUUUUGUGACUGCUGUGGACUUUUGUAUCCCUCUAAGAAUGGACUUGCUUGGCUCCUGUUUGUGCAGUUUCUUACUCUUUGUCUCUUUCUCCUCUUUUCUGUCAGGCCCGGAGGAUUCUGAAAACGCUGGAGUCACGUCGAGGCUUUGAGCUGAAGAUUCUGAAGGCGCUCCGCAGGGAGCUCAUAAUGCAGACCCAAAACAUUAUCUACCUCUUGGGUCAGGAGUGGCAGCAAAUGGCUGUGUGGAAGGUUCCUCAAUCAAAAGGUUUGGCGGGGAGCAUUGUUUGGGGGUUGUGAAUGUGUACUUUUUGGAGGGCAGAGAUGAAACGGCAGACAAUUUGACUUUGACUGAUCUCUGGUGGAGGGGAGGAUAUCUCAGUGGUAGAGCAUGUGUUCUGCAUUCCGAAAGUUCCAGAUUUAAGCUCUGGCAUCUCCAGAUUUUUAAGAAAGUGAGGUAGCAGGUGCUGGAGCCAUUGCCAGUCAGAGUGAAUGGUACUUAGUUGGUUGGACAAAUAGUAUCACUUAGUAAAAGUUGCAUUUUAAGUUAUUGUGACCCAGCCUUGUUGCAAAUUGGAAAAGUGGUCCUGCAAAUACAUAUUCAUAUAUGUGUAGGGCUUUAUAAGAUUAAGAUGUUGGUAGUCUUUGCACAACUAAAAUGUUAGUACAGAGAGUAUAUGUGGUUCUGUCGGGCUUUAUUGUCCUGUUUGAUCACAUAAUAGAAUCUAAAAGGGCUUACAGUGGUGCCCCGCAAGACGAAUGCCUCGCAAGACGGAAAAACCGCUAGACGAAAGGGUUUUCCGUUUUGGAGUUGCUUCGCAGGACGAAUUCCCCUCUGGGCUUGCUUCGCAAGACGAAAAUGUCUUGCGAGUCUUGAGAUUUGUUUCGCUUCCCCCUUUUAUCUAAUCUGCUAAGCCUUUUAUAGCCUUUAAUAGCCUUUUAGCAGCUAAUCCCUAAGCCUUUAAGCCUUUAAUAGCCGCUAAACCGCUAAUAGCGCUAAUCCGUUAAGCCGCUAAUAGGGUUGCUUCGCAAGACGAAAAAACCGCUAGACGAAGACUCUCGCGGAACGGAUUAAUUUCGUCUUGCGAGGCACCACUGUAUAGACAAAUUUCCCCCUCCAGAGUUAUUGUGGUUCACUUAUUGGGCUUGGUUCAAGAAUUGCUUUCCUGCUUUCCUGUGGACUUAUUCUUGACUAUACAUAGGCUAUUCUUUCUCAACCACUGUUCCCUGUCUGGUGGGGGCAAUGGGAAUAUUAGUAAUGUACCUUAUGGCACUGUUGAAAACAACAAGCAAGCAAAGAGAUACAAAGAAAUUCACAAGUGCUGGAAGUUCUAUACAAAAAAGUAAUGGUUCCUUUUGUCCUUGGGUAGUGCAACCAAAGUAAUUGAAAUGCCUAGAAUUUUAUGGUUAGCAAUGCCUAUUGUAAUAUUAUUGUCUGUGUUGACAAACUUGGAAGAGUUGGGAGAUUCUGAAGAGCACUUGGAAGUCUUGGCUGAAACUUGUAGGAACCGGCAUCGAAUUUCAGAGUGCCUGGGAAAAAAAUUGGUGGUUGAUGCUGAUAAGCUUCCUUUUCUUUCUGCUUGUCUGUGACUGCAGAAACAGACUUGGGGGGGUGGGAAGAGUGUGGCUUGUCAAGGACCUGACAGACCAUAGUGCAUUUUUUGUGGGCUGUGUUCAGUUUGGUGUUCACAAAGUGCAGAACCAACUCAAAAAUUAUGGAAAUUCUGUGCCCCGCCCCACCUUGUGCUGAAUCCUCUCAAAGCCUGCCAUCCUGCUUCCCUUUUUCUGAAUGUUGACAAGGAACUGUUUGGGUUUGCGGAUUUGAAACAGGUCAAGCAUGCUCUGCAGGUUACAUCUUGAAGAUUUUUAUGUCUCCUGGCACUCUGCACUUUACAUGUUUCUGAGCUCUCUCGCAGGAUUGUGGCAGAGUGUAACAGGGGAAGGAAAGCAAUUUGGAUUCAGGAAGGAUGAGCUUUCUCUUUCCUAUCUAAUGUUUUGUGUUUUAUAUGCAUCCUGUUUUAUAGAGGAGUCUGUCCCAAGAAGUUAAAGCUAGUAACAUGGGAAGCUGCCUUAUUAUUGCUGCUGCUGUUUAUUAAGAUUUACAGUUUGUUAAUAAAUAAAAAAGCAUGUUCACGUUUAUAUGGUUGAUACAUGGAAUGCUUUAUACUGAUUCAAUGGUCUUUUCCAUUGCAUGCUACCUAACCGCCCCCCCCCCCCCGAGCUGUCAUGCAAUGAACCUAAGACCUUCUGUGUGCAAAGCAAUCUCUACCAUGGAGCGAUGGUCUCUUGCUAUUUGUAAAUAUCCAUACCAACAUGGGACAUGCAUCUCAUUGGCUCCUAUUGAACACAUGCAAGCAACCCUAUUUGUGGAAUUGCCUGUGAAUUGAUAUUGAAGUCUGGAAAGGCAGGUCAUGCAAAACCUAUCCUCUGUGUUUGCUCUUUUGCUUUGAAGCCAAUGUUUUGCUGUAACGGGGGCUUGUCCUGUGUACUUCUUGCUUAGAAGCGGGCAGCCUGGAGUCAGCCAUGGAGACAGAACUGCAUUUGUGCAAGGUGCUGUCCAAAGAGGAUGUGGUCCCUGGCCCAACAGUGGCAUCUGUGCUGCAGGCAUUUGCGAUCCUGGAUGAGCUGCGUUUGAAGUUCAGGCACUUCGGUAAGUGACUUUCACUGGCAACAACCAAAAUUUGGCUGUAGUUAAAACCAUAUGGCAUUUGAAUUGGAUCAGGUUUCCAAACUUUAGAUACCUGAAGCACAGCUGUUUUUCUGGAUUAAAAUCAGAGACUUGCUUCCCUCUUCCCUCACAGCAGUCUGUUCUUAAUCAGCUCCUAAAACAGUGGGGAGGCAUCCUUCUUCCAUCUUCAGUAUCGCUCAGUUAAUAUUUUCUUUUCCACCUCUUUAUUAUUAUUAUUUUGCCUAGUCAGGAAUAGCAUUGGACAGGGGUGAUGCUCUUGUAAGCAUGGAAGGGUCGUAGCUCAGUAGCUGAAACAUUCAUGGAGAUGUGGGAAAGAGUUUAAUUAAAUAUACAGAGUCAAAUUGCAUCAGUUUUAUCUUUUCUUUGUUAAGAGCAGUAUUUUCGAAUUCCUCUUGCUUGCUCCAGAAGAAUCUACUACCCUCUUCUUCCUUGCCCACCCCCUUGUAAUAUCUUCAUUCUUAAGUUAAGCUACACCAAUUCAAGGAAUGUUGCAGCAGCCCAAGUGCAAAUGCCGCCCAGCAUGCUGCUUCUACUUUGUCUUUCAACCCCGGCUAUUAAUGGCUCCCUCCUUCCCUGUUCUUUGUGCCAGGACAGUUGCUGCUGAAGUACAUCCUCAAGCCGCUCAUCUCCCACCCGUCAUUGCAGCCCUUGCCUGAGGAGCACCCUGAUGCCGUCACGCUGAGGUUUAGGUCUGUGGGCUCCAAUCUUGGCCACCCGUCCCCCGUGGAGGUGUUUGCCAGAAUCAAGCUGGUACUUGAGGUCCUUCACAAGUAUCAUUUAGGUACGGAGCUCCUUGCUAGCCGGAACCAUGGGAGGUGGCUGUCAGAGUGGGCCAGGAGAACUUCUCGUGUGUUGCUGAAGAAGAUGCCACAGAACUUGGCCAGGGAACCUGUGGCCUACCAGAUGUUGUACUCCAACUCCCAUCAGCCUCAUCCAGCAUGGCCAGUGUUCAGGAAUGAUAAGAGUUGUAGUUCAACAACAUCUGGAGGGACAAGGGUUCACCAGCCUAGCCAUUGAGGCUUCUAAAAAUUAUGCCACUGUUUUCCAAAUGCAGAGGAAAUCUGCCGAGGGGAGCUGCCCCUAUUGUGCAUGCUGGUGUUUUGUGCCAGGGCAUCGAGGGGGCCAUGAUUAUUCUCACAUUCUGAACUCUGUAUCUGUUUUCCCAGGUGUUCCACUUGAGCACUGUGCAGAGGAGGAGAACAGCUCCAAUCUUGUCCUGGCAGAGGUGUUGGGUGACACAAUCUGGAAGGACAUUUCGGACUGUCUCAUUCGCGACUGCUUGGUGCAUUCGAUCCCAAACAACAGCAGCAAACUGGGGCAGUAUAUUGAGGUGAGCGUUGCAGCAGCUGAGGGACUGUGAAGGAUGGGAAAGGCCUGUGGAACAGUUCCCUAAACCCUCUUCCCUUUGCCUUCAAAGUUACCCCUUGAAUUGUAGUUGUAAAGGUUUGCUUAGCGGACAAAGGCAAAAGUUCAAAAUAUGCACAUACUAAAAUAACUGGUCUUUUCCUGAGUGUCUUCCUUUUUUCUCUGUUGUUAGUAGGCCACUAUAGCGGCUGAUAAAUUCUAAUGCGUCAGCUUCCCAUGGCCUGCUACUAAACCAAAUGAUCCAUAAUUUCCUUAUUUUAUGGGGAUUCAAAGCCUGAAAGCUGGAGACAGGCACAUUCAUUCCCAAUACUGGGCCUUCUGUUCCACCCAUAGGUAGCAUUUACGGGGCUCACUGUUCCUCCUCUCUCCCCCAUCCCCUGGUUUAGGUUAUUAAAGCUACUGAGGAGUUUGAAAAAGCCUUAAAGGACAUGCGGUUCCUAAAGGAGGAUGCCACCGACUUGCUGACUUAUGCCCGUAACGUCAACUGCCACUUUGCUAAUAAGAAAUGCCAGGAUGUGAUAGUGGCAGCCAGAAAUCUGAUGACAUCGGAAAUACACAACACCGUAAAGGUAGCUGAGCCAAUAGAACCUCUGCUUAUUUCCUCAGUGUUUGGGUAUUUUUCCAGGUGGAUUGCGUAAUCCUGUGCAUUGUUAACCAUGCUUACAUUUUAGUGGUAUGCAUUUUUUUUUGGGUCUUUUUUAGUUAUGCCAAAGUAUGUGAAUCAAGCAGUGCUCUGGGAUAGCUCUUUAUUUUGAGCAAAGUCCAGUUUUUGAAACAGGAAAUGCAAGAUCCCCAUACAGAGUUGUGCUGCCCUACAUAGAUCGGUUUAGUACUGUAUUGGCCCGAAUAUGAGCCGCCCCUGAAUAUAAGCCACAUCUUUUAAAUUCAAGGGGGGGGGAAUAAAAAAAGACAAUACCUGAAUAUAAGCCGCUCCCUUAAAAUUCCGCAGCCGUUCACACCUGUUCCGGUUUACCGUAUGUCUGUUUCAGCAGUGAGAUCAUAAAAGCCAAUUUUUGUACAGUUGUGAAUUUUAGCUGCAUUUUAACUUUUCGCGGUCAGAAUUUGGGGGGAAAGUGAGGCUUGUAUUCAGGCCAGUACGGUAUGUUUGGGGCCUGCUGAGCUGUGCAGUAAACCUAACCUGGGUUGUGUCUAUGGUCUUCCUAGGCACUCUUGUAGUAAGCUUUUCCCCUCUUCCUAAUUGGACUUGUAUUCUGCUCUUUCUGGUAAAACAGAAGAUCAUUUAACUUUUAGUGGUCUUCCUUCCAGACUCGUUAAAAGUCCUGCAUUCCAAUCCCAACACAAACCCUUGACUUUGGGCCAGUCAUUCUUUUUCACUCAGGCCUACCUCAUAGGGUUGUUGAGAGAGCAAACAGGCAGGAGAGAAAAUAACCAUAUGUAUAUCAAUCUGAGCUCUUUGAAGGGUGGCCUGGGGUAUUAUUGAAUACAGUGUUAGGAGCUAUUAAGUCCUCCUAAUAUCAUUUGAAUUCCUCAGAAGUAGCCAUGAAAGUCAGACUAGUCUAAAACAGCCUUGUUGCACCUUAACAGCUAACAAUUUUAUUGUGGCAUAACCCUUUUUAGUGCUAAAGCUGCCACACCGCGCUUUGCUUUUGCUACAAGAUACUAACACUUGUCACACCUCUGGAAUUUCUUAAGUUACUUCAGUUGUGCCCUAAGUUGGUAUUUUGCUUGCGCUGCAGUUCCACUCCCCUCCCUCCCCUCCAGUGUACAUCUUUAUUUUCCCUUCCUAGGUUACCCCAGACUCCUCUGUAAUUCUGCCCAAAAUGCCUGACCCCGGAGCAGGUGAUCAGUUAAAGGUGCAAAAAGUAUCUGAGGCUCUUGACAAGCAGGCGACAAAUUUGGAGAAUGAGAAAAGGCUGAGCCGCCACACCUUUUCGUUUCCUGCCUGCCGCAUCAGUGAAUCUGUACAAAAGUUGAUGGUGUUGGCUUAUCAGACGCUCCAGGAAGCCUCAGCCAGCACGGAUCAGUGGUGAGGACUCUGAGUGAAUUGUUUGGGCUCAGCUGAUCUCGGGGGGAGGGGGGUUGAGUGGGUAUGAAUGUAGGCCUGCCAUGCAGCCAACAAAUGCUUAAGUCCUGCAAGCAUUUUGUGCUGUAGCCGUGAUGGUUUCAGCCACACAACUCAGAUAAUGUUUCUGCUUUUCCUUUCUUCUCCCUGUGUCCCCCCCCUCAUCCCCAGCUGCAUCCAGCUCUUCUACUCUGUGCGGAACAUCUUUCAUCUGUUCUGUGAUGUGGUGCCGAUGUAUCACAAGUGAGUGACAUGAAAAACCUCUCCAGGGAGGUGAAAAAUCUUUGUUUCUUCAGUCCCCCUUUCCUCCUUUUGUUCUCUCUUAAAAAACAAACAAAAAACCUUUAUGAAGACAUAGCUUAAUGGCUUUGGACAGUGAUCCUUUGGAAAUUUCAGAAAUGUUUGAGCAACAGCAGCUUUACAUUCCAUGCAGGUGCCAGAGAACAGCUUGCCUAAACCCAUAUAGUCUGAAGAAAGAUGCAACAGCAGGCUCCUCCACUGGCAGCUAACAUAUCUCAUAGAGUUGGAAGAGACCACAAGGGCCAUUGAGUCCAACCCCCUGCUAUGCCAACUCCAAAUGGGCACUGCAUGAUCCCAAAGGGACUGCCUUCCCUCUGCCUUCGCCUCUCGCCCUUCCUCCAUUAGGGGUUUUCUACCCCAAGGAUGGGAGACACGUAGUACUUCAUAAAGUGUUGGGCUCCGAAACCCAUCAGCCUCAGCUAGCAGGGCCAAUGAUCAGAAAUGUUGAGAGUUGGUCUGCAAAAGCAUCCGAGGGGACCACAUAUCUGUUCUAAGCAUAUAGACAGAAUCACAUUCCUGCUCUGGGAAACAUAGUGGCUUUAUUUUCUUUAGAUGGUUGCAGAGAAAAAUGAUCAAAAACUGUCUCAUGACCAUGUGGGAAUAUCUGCUCUCCCCCUUCUUUUCCUCUCCCUAGAGAAAACCUCCAGAAACUUCCCCAGCUGGCUGCUAUACAUCACAACAACUGCAUGUACAUUGCACACCACCUUCUGACCCUGGGCCACCAGUUCCGGGGCCACCUAAUGGAUGGAAUAGCCACAUUUGUUGACCUUGUGCCUGGUUUCAGGAAACUUGGUGAGCCUGGAGGAAACUUACUUGUUCAUGUUUAUGGAUAUUUACACCAUGCUUUCCAACCUAGCUGGAUUCUCAAAGCAGCGUACCUUUCAAAUGCAAACAGAGAUUCAGUUAUAACAGGGAUAUGUGGUGUGUUGUGUGUGGCAUUGUGGUACAGUCCAGGUUCUUCUUCUUGUUAUACCAACCUGAUGCUCUCCAGACAUUUGGACUCCAGCUCCCAUCAACCCCAGCCAGCAUGGACAAUGUUUAAGGAAGAUGAGAGUUGUAGUCCAACAGCAUCUGGAGGAUGCAUGGUGGGGGAAGAUCAUUCUAGCGGGAAAGGGGUGGGGGACGGAACCACAGGUGACCCUGAAAACUAGUAAAUUUGCCAACCCACAGUAGCAAUCCCUCUGCCUGAUCUUCUUCUGUAUUGUAUUUCUGUGGGACUCCUCACAAGUGCAGAGGAACAUUCCCCUGAGUUCCCUUGAAAAUUCUCCUGCUGUACUUUGCAGGGACCUGCUGCUUAUGAAGAGGUAGAUCUUUGGGUAGGUCAGAAACUUGCCUGGUGGUAUUAUGGUUCCUGGAACUUGAGGCCAGAGUUGAGACUUCUCUCUCUUCCCCACAGGGACGGAGUGUUUCCUGGCUCAGAUGCGAGUGCAAAAGGAGGAACUCCUGGAGAGACUCUCAAGCGCCAGGGAUCUCUCCAGUGUGGAUGAUGACGACAACUAUUCAGCGGCAAACAAAGCUGUGCGGCAGGUGAGUGGAGGUGAAGCUUUUGAGGGAUCGGCUGCAAGCUUUUACAGUGCCCAUCAUUUGAAGUCUGUACAUUACACUGACACUGAAAGGCAGGUACUGUUCUGAACAAUGAAGGAAGAUCAGGAGAGCCCUACUGGGGCUGUUUAGUCUGUUCUCCUGUUUACAGCCCUGGCCAUGUAGAUUCCACGAGGAAACCUCUAAGCAAGGCAUGAGAGCAACAGCCUUCCCCUGUUGUCAUUUUUCCCCACACUCCCCCCCAGCAACUGGUAUUGAGUGGUAUACUAUCUCUGAACCUGGAGGUUCUACUUAAUCAUCAAAGCUCCCCCUUUCACAGCCAUCUCUGCCGCUGAACAUCAACACAUUUUGCCGGAGACACCCCCAUAAUUUGGCUAAGAGUUGUGUAAAGAAACAGUUUCUGAAACUUUCUGUUUGCUGCCUGUCAGUUUUACUGGAAUGACUCCAAAUUCUAGUACCUUGGUACCUUGGUAGUCGAAUGGCUUGGCUCCCAAAUGCCGCAAACCUGGAAGUGAGUGUUCCGGUUUGCAAACGUUUUCUGGAAGCCAAACGUCCGACUUGACUUCCACUGCUUCCAAUUGAGUGCAGGAAGCUCCUGCAGGCGAUCGGAAGCCAUGCCUUGGUUUUCAAACGGUUUCGGGAGUCGAACAGACUCCGGGAUUAAGUUCGAGAACCAAGAAUCCCUCCAUCAACAUGCCUACUUUUCUAAGCUGCAUCCUGCCACUGCCUGUUCCUCCCCACCCCUACCAGUCACAUUGUGAAUCGUCUUGGGUUUGUAUGUAUUAAGAAGGUGCAGUUUCUUUCAAGGUCUUGCACCAGCUGAAGAGGCUUGGCAUGGUCUGGCAGGACGUUCUUCCAGUGAAUAUCUACUGCAAGGCCAUGGGGACUCUGCUUAACACCGCUCUCACUGAGAUCAUCAGCAGAAUUGCUGCCUUGGAGGUGAGAACCGUGUCGGCCACAGGUGGUUUCUCAAUGUAGUUGAGGUCACUCCUCCCCGCAAACACAGUUGCUUCUCUUAGUGUGAGCAGCCUUUCUUCUGUGGAUCUGGUUCACGUUUUAGAAAGUUAGAGCCAAUUCUUACGAUGAUGGAAAAGCCUCCCCAUGCAGCUUCUCAGGCACUGCAAGCCUGACAUUUCCAAAUUCCAUAGCAUGGAAUCACUCCUCUAAAAAAAAAACACCCCACAAUGGCAAUUUCAUCUCUGUCAGGAUCUACAUCUUUAAGUUUAAUACAGCUGCUUUUGAACUUGUGAAUAUGCUGCUUGCAUGGGAAUUGGCUUCUUUUAAAAGAGAGAGAGAAGUCAAGUGUUACACACUUCCUAUGCAGGAGAUUAUUUUGAAUGUCCUGAUGGGCACAUAAUUUCCGUCUUGGUUGAAAAGACCUCAUCUUGGACUGUUACUUCAAGGGAAAUAUUUGGGCUCUCCUCCGGGGGAUGGGGGGAGAGACUAUUCUCAACAUAAGGCGGCAGCAGAAGUUAAAACUAUAAGAAUAAGUCUGCUUGUCUGCAUCAAGCGUUGAUGUCUUCUGAGAUAUGCAAAAUUUAAACCUCCAGUUUCUGCAUCUCUUGUAAAAGCGAUCUAAGUGUGCUACUUGAAACACUUUUCUCGCUAAUCUGAUGAUAGACUUGUGGGUUUCUGGAAAGUGGGCUGGGAUGUGCAAAUGUUCAGAUAAAUCUCAUGCCAAUUUCUUUUUAACAUUUGAUUUUAUUGGUUUUUUAAAUGAAUAUUUUAUAUUUUAUGCAAACUCUACAGAUUUUUUCAGUUAAGUGGUAUAUAAAUCAUGUAACAAAAAAAAAGUAUAUUCUUUCUGAUUCAUCUAGAGGAAAAUGAAUUACAUCACAGAGAGCCUGUUGUUUGACACCACCCAGUCCCCCUGUCCCAUUUGCUCUUGCUCUCUGCCGUAUUGCAGGAUAUCUCUGCUGAGAAUGCAGACAGGUUGCAUAUGCUUUGUCAGACGAUGGUGGACGAGGGACCCCUGGUGUUCAUGCCCCUGCCAGAAGAAAAACAGAACAGACCCUUCCAGGAGGAGGUCCCCGUCUACGUGCUGAAAUGGAUGACGUUCAAGGAGCUCAUGUUGGUGCUACAGGCCAGCCUGCAAGUAAUUGUGGACCGGUGGGUGUUCCAUACAGUCUGCUCUGCAUCCUCCCUAUUCCUGUUAGCCCUCCCAGACCAGUAAGGAUUGUCUGGGAGAAGUGGAAAACACCAGACAGUGGCAUGAUAUAGCCUGGCUUGGAUGCUUGUUCUGUGCCUGCCGCCUGCCCCAAUCAAGAGGUGGUUUUCCACAGAGAAACCCACAUUUUGACUAUUGUAGUAGUUCAUAUUUUUGGUUGUUCUGCCUCUGAAGACGGUUCAGAAACUUCAGCUAGUGCAGAAUUCAGUGGUCAUGUUGCUCACUGGAGCAGGACGGUUUGAGCAUAUUACACCAAUCCUGGUCCAACUGCACUGGCUACCAAUUAGUUUCCAGGCCCAAUGCAAAGUGCUGGUUUUGACCUAUAAUGGCUCAGGACCGCAAUACUUCCAGGAUUGCCUCUUUCCACAUGAACCUGCCCGGUCCCUGAGAUCAUCUUCUGAGGCUCUUUUUCGUGUGCCCCCUCCUUGAGAAGUCUGAAGGGUGGCAACACGAGAAUGGGCGCUCUCUGCAUUGGCUCCUCUUCCAUAGAAUGCUCUCCCCAGGGAAGUUCGCCUGGCGCCUUCAUUAUACACCUUUAGGUGCCAGGCAAAAAUGUUCCUUUUUAACCAGGCCUUUGGUUGAUUUUAUAGUGGUACCUCGGGUUAAGAACUUAAUUUGUUCUGGAGGUCCGUUCUUAACCUGAAACUGUUCUUAACCUGAAGCACCACUUUAGCUAAUGGGGCCUCCUGCUGCUGCCACGCCGCCAGAGCACGAUUUCUGUUCUCAUCCUGAAGCAAAGUUCUUAAUCCGAGGUACUAUUUCUGGGUUAGCGGAGUCUGUAACCUGAAGUGUAUGUAACCCGAGGUACAACUGUAUUGACAUCCAACACCCUUUAGAAUGUGGGUUUUUUGGGGGUGGGUAUUGGGUUACUGGUUUUGGUUUGAUUUUAUAUGUUGUUGUCUUGUUGCGAACCACCCUGAGACCUCCAGGUAUAGGGCGUGUAUAAAUUGAAUAAAUAAUAAUAAUAAUAAUAAUAAUAAUAAUAAUAAUAAUAAUAAAUUUAAUCUUCCAAGAUCCAGGUGUGUUUCUUUAAAGAAUGUGACAUCUUUGCUUAAAAAGAUGCUGGAGAAGGAAGGAAAGGGCAGGAAUUGAGGUGGGGUAGAUCGGGGUCCUGUAGCAAUGUGCAAAGAACAGGCCUCGGUACAAGGACCCCAAACCCCAACCCACUGACCACAGAAAGCCAUGGGCAGAGAGGUUUACAGAAAGGCCUCCCUCACUCUCCCGGCCCUUCUCUCCUCCCUCCCUCAGCUGUUUAAAUAAUCACUCUUGCUCUUUCCAUUUCUUUUGUCUUUGACUCUCCCAGGUGGGCAGAUGGCAAAGGGCCCCUUGCAGCCGCAUUCUCCGCAAGUGAGGUGAAGAACCUAAUCAGAGCCUUGUUCCAGAACACAGAGCGUAGGGCAGCUGCCCUGGCAAAGAUCAAGUAGCUUCAGUGCCUCUGCUGUUCCUAAAAUGUUGUCUUCCUGGACACGCUGCAGUUGGCAGAGCCGGUGUCUUCUCACCCCCCACCUGCACACACACACUCAUCCACUUUGACCGUAUCUCUUGAAAAUGACUUCCUGGCUUUUGUGAGCAGGAUCUUCCUGCAGACCAGGUUGGGUUUCCCAGAGGAGCAUCGCCUGAGGCAUUCAAGCCAGCACAGCGAUUGUGUUGCCUGCCCAGGCCUCCGAAGAUGAUCACCUGACAUGACCUGGCACCUGUGGUCCAGAGGGAAUCCUGGCUUGUCGGAUGUUAACUCCUGACGUGCACACCUGCAGGUCUUGCCAACCCUUUCCUUCUGCUUUGGGUGUUUGGUAAAACCAGUUUGGGUCCGGUGGAACUCAUGGCAAACGUGCCCCUGCAGUACAUCUGACUGGGAGAUGUGGGGCUCUCAAUGGCCCGGGGUAAUCUGAUUCCUUGUGGCAGAGCAUCUAUGCAGAGUUUUUUUUGUUUUUUGAGGGGGGUGGUACCUCCCCUUUGUGCAUCUUACCUCAUCUGUUUUGCAAAUGGCUUCUGAAGCACACAAGACUUGGAAAAAAAUCUCUGUGCCCUUUGAAGGGCCUUAAAGUGCCAAAACGUCGUAGUUUUACCAGCUGCUGCCUUUAGCGUACCCCAUGCAGCACGCCUCAGAAGUUGUCUUUUUACCCUGAGUCCUCUUCUUUUGUUCUUCCCAUAUAGGGUCUACGGGUGGGGAGGGCCGGCCAUGCUGCCAGUCGCACCCUCCUGCCUUGGAGGUACAUCACAUGCAUCCUGUGGCAUCAACAGCAUGGAAGCCUAUGUUUGUUCAGGGAACUAUGCACAAACAGCAGAGUAUGGAUUAGUGCCACUGCUACAGAUGUUCAGGGGGCAAGCCAGUGGUAUGUUUGAUAUUGAGGGUGGGGCCAGAGGCUUAGUCCCGCUGUUCCUUGCUGAUGUUCAUGGAGAGCAACAGAAGAGGCCUACUUGUCUCUUUGACAACUGCAGUAUUCUUUCCUUGACUUAAUAACUACAUAGUUAAUCAAAACUGGCUGCUCAUAAGCUUUCUCCUCUUUCGCUUAUCAGGUUAGGCAGAUGUUCUCUCCUACAUACCCCACUUCCAUCUACAGAAUUUGAGAUUGAGCAUUUGUAAAAUAUGGAAACCUCAGUCUUCUGGUUAUUUGGGGGAGAGGUGGGGCUUUUGGUUGAACACUCCCUUUUUCUUGUGUCCCCCUCCCCCAAGCAUUUAAACCUCCAUUCACAGAGGCUAAAAUUCAGUCACUGUCUUGUCUAGCAUUCAUUAAGAAGAUAAAAUCCAAGACUGGGGAAAAAAUGUUACUGGAUUAAUCAUUACUUACAAAUUAUUUUGUAUUCUCAUACUUAUUUCUUUUUGGGAGCCAUUAAAUAGGCAUGUAAAAAACUA